AUUAAAAUUUUUGAUAGGAUAGAAAAGAUUUGUUGUUUCCAAUAUAAAAAAUCUUUUACUGUUAAAAUGUGCGAAGAAAUAACAACAGUAGACAAUAGACAUCACUUAAAUGCAUCUGCACCCAAUAUACUUGAUGAUGAAGUGCCUUCUUUACAUUCCAAUUAUAACUUUACUAGUUCCACAUUUGAAGGCAUUUUAGAAAUGUCAACAUCUGAUAAUACAAUACGAUUUAGUGGUCAUACACUUGAUAAAGCUACAAAAGCAAAAGUAACGUUAGAAAAUUAUUAUAGUAAUCUCAUUGCCCAACACAUAGAAAGAAAACAAAGAUUAGCAAAAUUAGAAGAGUCUUUAAAAGAUGAAACACUUUCGGAACAGCAAAAGCAAGAAAAACGAUUGCAACACGCACAAAAAGAAACUGAAUUUCUUCGUUUAAAACGUUCAAGACUUGGGGUUGAAGAUUUUGAACCUCUUAAAGUUAUUGGUAGAGGAGCUUUUGGGGAAGUAAGGCUCGUUCAAAAGAAAGAUACAGGACAUGUUUAUGCUAUGAAAAUACUACGAAAAGCUGAUAUGUUAGAAAAAGAACAAGUUGCACAUGUGAGAGCCGAAAGGGAUAUUUUAGUAGAGGCCGAUCAUCAAUGGGUAGUUAAAAUGUAUUACAGUUUUCAAGAUCCUAUAAAUCUGUAUUUAAUAAUGGAGUUCUUACCUGGAGGUGAUAUGAUGACACUUCUUAUGAAGAAAGAUACUUUGUCCGAAGAAUGUACACAGUUUUAUAUUUCUGAAACAUCUUUAGCUAUUGAUUCUAUACAUAAACUUGGUUUUAUUCAUAGAGAUAUAAAACCAGAUAAUCUUUUAUUAGACGCUCGAGGACAUAUUAAAUUAUCAGAUUUUGGUCUAUGUACAGGAUUGAAAAAAUCUCAUCGAACUGAUUUCUAUAGAGAUCUUAGUCAAGCAAAGCCAUCCGAUUUUAUGGCAUCGUGCAGUAGUGAUAGUAGUGGUGCAAUGGAUAGUAAAAGACGAGCUGAAAGUUGGAAAAGGAAUCGUAGGGCACUAGCGUAUAGCACGGUUGGAACUCCUGAUUAUAUAGCUCCUGAAGUAUUUCUUCAAACUGGUUAUGGUCCAGCUUGUGAUUGUUGGUCCUUAGGUGUAAUAAUGUAUGAAAUGUUAAUUGGAUAUCCACCUUUUUGUAGUGAAAAUCCACAGGAAACUUAUAAAAAAGUUAUGAAUUGGAGAGAAACUCUUAUUUUUCCUCCAGAAGUACCCAUCAGUGAAGAAGCUAAAGAUACUAUAAUUAAAUUUUGUUGUGAAGCUGAUAGACGAUUAGGAGCUCAAAGGGGGAUCGAGGAAUUAAAACUAGCCCCUUUUUUUCGUGGUGUUGAUUGGGAUCACAUUAGAGAGAGACCAGCAGCUAUUCCAGUUGAAGUAACGUCAAUAGAUGAUACUUCAAACUUUGAUGACUUUCCCGAUGUUAAACUUGAAAUAACGUCAGCUCCGACUUCACAAGAUGGAGAAGUUAUUUAUAAAGACUGGGUAUUCAUAAACUAUACUUUUAAAAGAUUUGAAGGUUUAACCCAACGUGGGACUACAAAUAAAAAAUAGCAAUUAUGACAGUUUCACUUCAACUAUAUGUACAAAUGAGUCUUCGUUGAUCAGAAUCACAUUUACGUUAAUUAUUAAUUUAAAGUGUAAAAAAAUAUUACUUUAAGUAUUUAAAUGGUUUUAAUAAUUUUAAUAAGAAUUUUCAUAGUUAUGAAUAGUUCUUAGUUAUGCUAAUUAGGUAAAUAUCUUAAAAAUAAAUUUACAAUUAAAAUUACGCA